AAUUGAAUUAUUGAAUUUUUAGUCGCAUUUCGAAAGUUCCGUUUGAUGUAAGUUAAAUGUAUCGGCGAGCGGUUGUAAUUGAAUUACCAUAUCAAAAACACGAUGAAUUUAUUCACCUGAGCAUGAAUAAUUACGAAAUAAUCGGCAAACAUAUUUUUUUUUUUGAAGAAAUCCACAUACAUACACUUGAAACUAUGCUCAAUGUAACAUUCAGUGUCUCAUGAGCGUAUAAUAAUAACAAGCAGCAAUUAUGAAAUGAAGAAUUGUAUGCAAGUCCGAGUGUGUUGUUUUCCAUUCAUAUGCGGAAACAUGCAAUGAAAAAGAUAUUAUGCAGAAUCUCAUGUACAUUCGCCAGUCAAAACAAAAACAAAAAUCAUUCGAAAACACGCAACGAGUGAACCAACUACAACAACAACAGUAAAUCGAGCGAUUUUAGUACAACACAUUUUCUUUUCCUUCUCUCUCUCUCUCUCGUCCGUAUUUUGCAUCUAGUCCAAAACGUCAAUGUCACUUCGUUUUCGUUUCGCAUUGAUGUUUGUAAUUUCAACAAAAAAAAAACCACAUACACACGGCUAGUGUGAUCAAAUUGCCAGAAAUGAUUUCGAUUUUGUGCAAAAGUUGUAUAACAAAACAAACAAAUAGCGUUAAAAGUAUCAAUCGGUAUUUGAAUAUUUUAAGUGGAAAUCAAUUGUCAUAUUCAAUAUGUAAAACGAACGAACGAUAUUUGCUGCGAAAUUUUACGACAAAAACAAAAACAUUAUUAGCGAGCACACAAAAUGAUGACAGUGUGAAAAAAGAUAAACCAAAAAAUGGAAAACUCGGAACAAAUAUUUUGAGUAAUGUGUUUGCCAAGCGAAAAAAAAUUCCAACAGCUCCAGUGAGUCAGUCAUCUUUUGAUUUGUACAAUGGGCCAGAAAUCACAUCUACUGAAGUGAUUCGGGCGAUGAUGGCCUAUAUUUGGCCAAAAGAUAAUGAAAUGAUUCGACGUCGUGUUGCACUUUCGCUCGGAUUACUUGUUGCUUCGAAGGCUAUAAAUGUAUGUGUACCGUUUCUGUUCAAAGCAGCUGUUGAUAACUUAAAUAUUCUCAGUACGGCUACGGUGCCCGAUACAUCGUUGACAAUUUGCACAUCAAUCAUUCUUGGUUACGGUAUAGCUCGUUUAAGUGCGGCUGGCUUCAGUGAAUUACGUAAUUCCGUUUUUGCACAAGUGGCACAGCAUUCAAUUCGAAAAAUUGCUACAAAUGUGUUCAUGCACAUGCACAAUCUUGAUUUGAGAUUUCAUCUCAAUCGGCAAACUGGAGCAAUCAACAAAGCAAUUGAUCGCGGUUCACGUGGCAUAAAUUUCGUGCUAACAGCAAUGGUAUUCAAUGUGGUGCCGACCAUUUUCGAAUUGGCCUUAGUUUCAACAAUUCUGGGUAUUAAAUGUGGACCAGCAUUUGCUGGUAUUUCAUUGGGCUGUGUUGGCGUGUACGCUGCAUUCACAUUGGCAAUAACAUCGUGGCGAACAAAGUUUCGUGUGUACAUGAAUAAGGCUGAAAAUCAAGCGGGCAACAAAGCCAUCGAUUCCCUCAUAAACUAUGAAACGGUGAAAUAUUUCAACAAUGAAAAAUACGAAGCCGAACAGUACGAUGCAGUUUUACAAAAAUAUGAAGCGGCCAGUUUAAAAACAGCAUCAAGUUUGGCAUUAUUGAACGCUGGCCAACAUGCAAUUUUCAGCGUUGGUUUGACUGGCAUUAUGUAUUUGGCCGCACAAGAAAUUGCUAAAGGCAAUAUGACUGUUGGUGAUUUAGUGAUGGUGAACGCAUUGCUUUUUCAAUUGUCGAUACCUCUGGGUUUUUUGGGCAGUGUAUAUAGAGAAGUACGUCAAGCCGUACUUGAUAUGAGUGCCAUGUUUCGUUUGAUGAAUGUCGAGUCUGCCAUUCAAAAUAAACCGAAUGCACCGCACUUGUCAAUUGGCCGUGAAAAUGCUGCGAUUACCUUUCAAAAUGUGUCAUUCGAGUACGAAGCGGGCAAGAAAAUUUUCAAUGAUUUAAACUUUGAGAUUCCAGCUGGCAAAAAAAUCGCUUUUGUUGGAGGAAGUGGAAGCGGUAAAUCGUCGAUGGUACGACUUUUAUAUAGAUUUUUUGAACCAGAUUCAGGAAAAAUUAGCAUCGGUAAUCAAGCAAUCGACGAUGUUGAUGUGGAUAGUUUGAGAAAAGCCAUCGCAAUCGUGCCACAAGAGUGUGUUUUAUUCAACGAUACAAUCGAAUUCAAUAUUCAUUAUGGUGAUUUGAGUAAAAGUAAGGCUGAAGUUGAAGAAGCUGCUCGAAUGGCUGGCUUACACGAUUCCAUUAUUAAAUGGCCAAAACAAUACGAUACGCAUGUUGGUGAACGAGGCCUUAAAUUAUCGGGUGGCGAAAAACAACGUGUUGCUAUUGCCAGAGCCAUUCUUAAAGAUGCACCAAUUUUAAUAUUCGAUGAAGCCACAAGUAGCCUUGACUCAAUCACAGAGCAUAACAUUUUACAUGCUCUGGUCGAAGCAACAAAGGGUCGCACCAGCAUUUGCAUUGCACAUCGUUUAUCAACGAUUCGAGAUGCCGAUGAAAUUCUGGUGUUGGACGGUGGACGAGUAUGUGAACGAGGCACACAUCAACAACUCAUUGAUUUAAAUGGAUUAUACUCCAAACUCUGGGCUGCGCAAAGCAAAUUUCAAUAAUAAUUUUUUUUUAU